AUGUUAGAUACAUCCGAACAUUCCCCAUUAUUCGAGUCUAGUAUUCCAAUUGCCUACUAUUCACUUCUCAGGUCAGUUGUCCCCACCAUGAUAACGAAUCAAGUGUACUUGCUAAUAGGAUUGUUGGCUUCAGAGGGGAAGACAUUGCAAUUAAAGUCUUUGGUGGACCUAAUUGCAGACUUCGUGUAUUUCAAGACCAAAGAAAUUGAAGAGUUGUCAAAGCAAGGUUAUCCCCAUGAUAGAAUCCUUGAUCUGACAUUGUACAACGUUACAAGUUUAUUGUUGGUCUUUCUUCCCGAUCACUUGGAUCCACAUUUGUUGACCUUUAUUUUAGAUUUAUUGGACGGGUAUAAACCAGAAGAUGUUGUGGUUAGUGAUGAUACCUCUGGUACCAAACUGGAGUUGGAAUUGGAGGAAACUUUGGAACGAUUUCAGGCCUCCCAUCCUGACUAUCAAACGUACCUAAAUCUGGAUCCUUCGACGAUUAGCAACAGAGCCACUAAGUUAUGCAAGCAAGUUACUAAGAAAUCAAUGGCUCUUUCAUAUUCCAGUAGUUUAGAUCCUACAAAACUUACUGUAUCAUUUAUCAAAGCGAGAACCAUUAAAGUAAACGAAGUAAUACCAGAUCUGACCUUCAAUUUCCCUUUAUUUGUUGAUGAAGUGUCAGAUUGGAGAAUCAAUUAUGUACAGGUUGCUCAUAAGUUGUUCCCGUACUUGUCACCAGAUAUGACACUAUCCAAGUGGAACACUCUGACCAUCAGAACUCAAUUAAAGUUGAUAUAUGAUUGCAUAAAUCAAGAUAGUGCUGAAAAAGUUACACAUGAAAUUCUACUUCCCUACAUUACCUAUAUCAAUUGUUGGGGUGAGUAUAUUGAAUUUUUGCAAACAGUUUUUGAACAAACGCUACAAGAUAGUCAAUUAUUAGCAUCCAAUCUUUCCAAACUAAAAACUAAUGAUUUUGAGGUACUCAAAGUAUUUCAGCAAAAUGACAGCAAUUGUUAUAACAGGCUGGUUUCACUGAUUAUUGGUACCGGGUAUCUUACGUCUAGCGUUGAUUUGAGUCUUUGCCUUAUGUUCAAAGAAAUACUAAGUUUCAUUUUGAAUGUUUCAGAUGAUAAUACCGUUAGCACAAACUCCGCCGACGAGACAAUUGAACUGAAUGACUGGAAAGAGAAAAACUUAUCAGAGGUGAUUAAGUUUUCGACCAUGGUCCCAACAAAGAACAACAUUCUCAAAUUACGUACUCUCUUGGAAUGUUGUGAAAAAUUAUAUGCCUCAAAUUUGUCGGUUUUUCAAUUGCUCAACCUUCAAUUUACUUCUGAUUCUCAGAUUCAGUUGUUGGAGCUCAAUAAAUUUCUUGCUAAUGAGAUUCAGUACUGUUCCAGCGAGAGGGAUUGGACAAGUCUCCUGAAUACUUUGAACUGGUUUUUGAAUGACACGCAAAUAUUCAGCCAAGUAUCCAAAGAAGAAGUCAACAUACUGUUUUUCAAACUCUUUUUUUCCCAAUCGCAUGAUUACCAUGUUUUUUUCAGGCUUAUUAUUCCCCAGUUGGUCGGUGUUCAUGAGUUCAACAAAAAUCCAAAGUACGCUUCCAUUAUUCUAGAACAUGCUUGGUCUCUUUAUGGAGCUGCUUCCAACAUUAAUCAUCUUAAAACUCUUUUGAGUCAUUUUCAUGAUCCAUCCAUAGUGACAAACCCUGAUAUAAUUCCCAAAAAUACUAAUAAUGUUAGUCAGAAUUCCCAGCUACAAUCCCUGAUUUCCGCUUUCGAAUCAAUCUCACAGAGAUUUCAUCUCUCUUUUUCAAGAAACUUUCAGCCCAAGAACUUACUACUACUCAACAAUGGAGAAGAUCCGAUACAUGUCAUAGUUAGAAUUUUGGAAUCUGAAGAGAGCUCUUAUAAAGAUCCAGGCUACCUCGUUGACAUAUAUGAAAACCUGAUCAUAGGAUUUAGUGAUUCCUCAGAGUCUAGCCAACUGCUAAAAGCUCAAUUUGCAGAUUUACAAAUUUUGGUACAGCUCAAAUGUAUUGAGUUCUCCCUAGUUAGAAAUGAUUUUAACUAUUCCUACCAACAUGGACUUGAACUACUAGAUAGUCCUUCUUCUAUCAUUCAGCAAAACUGGAUAGUGUUUUUCCAAAUUUCCAAAUACAUUGAUGAAGAUUCAUCAGAAAAUUCCAAAAUCUUGAUUGAAAAACAACUUAGCAUUUUAGGAAAGCUCCUCUUACAUGUACCAACGGAAUUCAAUGUACCGAUAGUGGAGCAAUGGAGCUUACUUAAUAAAGACCUAGAGAGAAUUAAGGGAGAUUUGAAGUUAAGGAAUAAAAGAGUUGUCCGAGAAUCAAAUGCCAGGGCAAAUGAGUCGUUAGAAUCAAGAUUCACUAGAGCUCUAACAUCGUCCGCUACAGAAGUUUUGAAAAACCAAACUGCUCAAAAUCUGAAAGUGGAUUUAGGACAAGCUCAGGAUAAAUUUUCUAAUAUGCUGGUUAAUGGUCUUGGGUGGGCUAUAGGGGCAACGCCGAAUAAUAGAUAG